UCAGGGGAAUGAGGAAUGGGGGCUGUGAUCAGUUCAUCACAUAUUGUCUCUGCCACUCCUUCCUCCUCAAGGGGAGGACUCCUUCCCCUGCUCUGGUGUGGGGUCUCUCCAAUGGAAGACAGUCUUCCACAGGCUUCUCUGAUGUGUGUUUUUCCCAUGAUCUUCAGUUCUUCAUUAGCUGCUCCAGCAUGUGCCUUCCACAAGGUGCAGUCCUUCAGGAACAGGCUGUUUCAGCAUGGAUCCCCCACGAGGCCACAAGUACUGCCAGCAAACCUAUUCCAAAAUGGGCUCCUCUCUCUACGGGUCCACAAGUCUUGCAAGGAGACUGCUCCAACAUUGGCAUCCCAUGGGGUCACAGCCAUCUUUGAGCAUCCACCUGCUCUGGCAUGGGAUCCUCCACAUCCUGCGAAGCACAAAGUAAUCAUAGUGGGACUUGAUAAUGCUGGAAAGACUACUAUUCUUUACCAGUUUUUAAUGAAUGAGGUGGUUCAUACUUCUCCAACCAUAGGAAGCAAUGUAGAAGAAAUAGUGGUGAAAAACACUCAUUUCUUAAUGUGGGAUAUUGGAGGACAAGAAUCGUUACGGUCAUCGUGGAAUACCUAUUAUUCAAACACAGAGUUCAUCAUUCUGGUUGUUGACAGCAUUGAUAGAGAGCGACUUUCUAUUACAAAAGAAGAACUUUAUAGAAUGCUGGCUCAUGAGGAUUUACGGAAGGCUGCAGUUCUCAUCUUUGCAAACAAGCAGGACAUGAAAGGCUGCAUGACAGCUGCCGAGAUAUCUACAUACCUCACCCUCAGCUCCAUAAAGGAUCACCCGUGGCACAUUCAAUCCUGUUGUGCUUUGACAGGAGAAGGAUUAUGCCAGGGCUUGGAGUGGAUGACCUCCCGUAUUGGAGUGAGAUAGCUUUUUUUACUUUUUUUUUUUAUUCCUCCAAAAGAAGAGACUUCUAUUUAUCCUGUGAACAUGUACAUUUUUCUGUACUUUUGGCUGCUGAGGCAGUGACCAUGUUUAAUUUAUAUCAGCCAACUUCUAAGCUGUGCUUGAAUCAAGCGCAAUUGAACUGAAACACAAAAGUAUUUUCUUAACUUUUUUUAAUACACUAAUCUGCCGGUGGAAGAACAUAUGUGAAUCUGUUUUUAGCAUUGAAAUUCCUCUGAAUAUGUAUUCUAACUUUUUCGAUGGUAGCCUUUUAAAAUCUGUUUUGUCAUUGUCAAUAUUUCAUACUUCCUCUUUCUAAAUAGUUUGUAUAACUUACUAACAUAAAUGAGCACAGUUUAUUUAAUGAUUAAAAGUAGUGAUUAGGUUAACUUUACUCUGCCAUAGCUUUCUUUAACCUCUAAGGAUAACCAUAUCUCCAGCUAGACUUCCCAGAACAUCAGUAGCAUUCUAGCCAGCAGUGGAAUUAAUAGUUACGAAUAUGAAUUUGUAAGUCCUUAAUGAGUUAGCUAUAGUUAAUAUUGUGGUGGCUUUUAACCUGGUAUACAGUGGAGCUUUUGCCUUAAAAAAAAUCUGUUUCAGUCUCAAUUUCUCUGGUAUGUAGUUCUAGGAUAUGAUUCUUUUACUUGAAAAUACAUCUCUGUACAGAGGAUAAAAAAUUUUGUUAUUAAGUGCUAGAGUAGUGUUUUAGAACUUGAAUACCUUUUUAAAAAUAAAUCUCUCAUAAUUAAAUUUGGAAUCACAGCAGCCAGUGUUAUGUGUAGACUUGCUGUAUACUGUUAAAGUUUUUAAUUCUGUAUACAUGAGCCUUCCUCACCUUUUAGUGAGAAUGCUGUUUUCUAAAUGAAUGCAAAAUCAAAAGGGAAGCCAGAUUUAUAAGCAAAACAAUACCAUGGUGCUGUGUCUGUAGACUUCAGACUGAAGCUAAUCUUGACAUAUAUUUACCUACUAUCACAUAUGUUUUCAGAUUUUUUGCUGAGAAAUUAUUUUGCCUUAAUUUUUGGUUUUAGUCUUAUUUGCACAAGGGGAGAACUUUUGGCAGUGUUUGAGUUAGAUUCCUUCACCUGAAAUUUGAAAAACAGGUGGUGAAGGAUUGGACCUAGUAACCCUUAAUUCAAUUUGAAGGGAAUGAAGUUAGAUCUAUCAAGAUAAUGUAAAGAUAUGGAGUUAAUUGAGAACAUUAAGCAUCAAAAAAAUCUGACCACUAAACGCCCAAAAAGUCAUAUGAGGAUUAAAAAAAAAAAACAAACCAAAACCAAUAGUGGACACCCUAAAUCCUAGUGAAGUCCCAGCAGCAGUCAGGUACUAACCUGCAUAAAUGCUUGCCAGGCCUUCCAAAAGCACCGUUCUAUACUUCUGCAUGCCUAAAAGCCACGUGGAGUCUGGUUACCAGAACCAUUUUGUGAAUUGACUGUAGGCCUUUAAUGACAAAAUGUUUUUGUUAAAUCUUGUUUUGAUAAUUCAAGCACACAGAUUUUUCUUUAAUAAAAUUUUAAGCUUUGUAAAUUUCAAU